AUGGCCGUAACCGCCAAGGUGCUGCGCACCAUCGUGCGCAACGACGCCAUGCGCGCCGACCCGGACGAAAUCUACGGCUGGCGCGUCUUCGCUCUCGUCUUCUCCGCCUGCUUCGGCGGCAUGCUCUUCGGCUGGGACACGGGCUCCAUCGGCGGCAUCCUCAACAUGCCCGACUUCCAGGAGCGCUUCAACUACGCCGACAGCUCCGCCACCGCAAAGAACAACAUGAGCCAGAACAUCGUGUCCACGCUCCAGGCCGGGUGCUUCGCCGCCUGCUUCUUCACCAGUUGGCUCACCGACCGCUACGGCCGCCGCGCCACGCUCAUCGGCGCCGGCAUAAUCACCAUCGUCGGCAUCAUCUUCCAGGCUGCCUCUUCGGCCAGGGGAACGCUGGCCGUCAUGUACGUUGGCAGAUUCAUUGCCGGCCUGGGCAUUGGCGCUGCUUCUGCGUUGACGCCGCUGUACGUCUCCGAGUGUGCUCCUCGUGCCAUCCGUGGUGGCUUGACAGCUUUUUACCAACUCUUCAACGUCUUCGGAAUCAUGGUUGCUUUCUGGGUCAACUACGGGUGCUUGCUACACGUCAAGGCCCCUGCAAUCUACGUCGUUCCACUUACUCUCCAAGCUCUCCCUGCCGUCUUCAUGAUGUUUGGCAUGUUCGCUUCUCCUGAGAGUCCGCGAUGGUGUGCUAGACGAGACGACUGGGAUCAAGCCACCAAGAUCCUCAUCCGCCUCCGAGGACUGCCUGCCGACUCAGAGUACAUCCAGCACGAGAUUCAGGAAAUGGCCGACCAGCUCGAUCACGAGAGACGGCUGACGGGAGACGCCACCUUCAAGACGCUCCUCAGGGAGAUGUGGACGAUUCCAGGCAACCGAAACCGUGCCGUCAUCUCCAUCCUGCUCAUGAUCUUCCAGCAAAUGACCGGUGUCAACGCCAUCAACUAUUAUGCUCCCCAAAUCUUCAGCAAUCUUGGGAUGACGGGCAAUGACUCGCAGCUAUUCGCCACCGGAGUGUACGGUGUUGUCAAGACGGCAGCUUGCUUCGUCUUCCUGGUCUUUGUGGCAGAUUCGCUUGGCCGGCGCUGGAGUCUGCUUUGGACAGCUGCUUCCCAGGGUACCUUCCUCUUUAUUGUGGGUAUCUAUGGAAGGGUUCAGCCCCCCAUCAAAGGAGAACCUGUCACCGCAUUCGGAUAUGUUGCCAUAACAUGCAUCUAUCUCUGGGCCGCUUCGUUUCAGUUCGGCUGGGGACCCGUCUGCUGGAUUCUUGUCAGCGAAAUCCCAACUGCGCGACUGCGUGCCACAAACGUGGCUAUUGCGGCGGGCACCCAAUGGCUUUUCAACUUUGUAUGCGCUCGAUCCGUUCUCACCAUGCAAGCCACCAUGGGCAAGGCUGGCUAUGGCAUGUUCUUCAUGUUUGGUAGCUUCUGCUUCAUCAUGGGCAUUUUUGUGUGGUUCUUUGUGCCGGAAACCAAGGGCCUUAGUCUGGAAAGCAUGGACGACUUGUUUGGCGUGACGGAGCUUGUAAAGCAGGUUGAAGCUGAGCCUGAACUCGGCGCCCCCGACAGCAUUCGCGAGGAGCGGGCAGACAUCAAGUCUUGA